UUCAACAACCUAUUUGGGCCUUUUAACUAUUCUUCUUCAAUUAAUGCAACAAUUUCCUCAAAUAUUUCCUUGGACAGAAUUAUCUACUCAAUUUGUUCGUAAAUUUACUUUUUUUGUUAAUGGACAGUCAAAAUUGGAACAAAAUGGGACGAGAGCUUUGGCUUUGGAGAUGCUUUUGGCUAUUUCUGAACAUUGGUUUGGUUUUUUUAAGAAAAUUUAA